CCUAGCCCGCCGCAACGGAACGGUGCCGAGGCGAGACGCGGAGCGGAGAACCAAACCGGCAAACGGAACCCCACCUCCUCCUUCCCCAACCCCCCACCUUGUUUACUGCCGCUGCCGCCCGCCACGGCGGCUCGCCUCCACUCCCAGAUCUUCCUCCCGCCGCCCCAAAAAUAGCGCCCACCAAAACCCUACCCCCGCCCUCGUCCCUCGCGGCGUCCGCCCCCGCCCCGCGGCAUCGGAGCGCCGCCGCCGGACUAAACCCUACCGCCGCCGCCCGCGCCAUGGCCGGCCCGUCCGGCGCCUCCUCCUCGCGCGGCGGCGUCGGGGUCGACCGCUUCUACAGCCCGCCCCACGUGCGCCGCCAGCAGCAGGAGGAGCAGCUGCAGCGGCUCAAGGGCCAGCGCCCCUCGUCCCCCGCCGCGGGGGCGCUCACGCCCAGGGCCGCCAGGCAGAAGCCGCCGCCGCCGCCGCCGGCGGCUGGGGCCGCGGAGCCGGCCGCCCCGCCUCCGAAGGAGGCCGAGAGGCGGGCCGACGCGCCCUCCAAGCCGUCCGUGUCGGCGCCCGCCGCGAAGGCGGCGGCGGCGGCCGAUGCGGGCGCGGCCCCGCCGCCGGCGCCGACGAUGGACGAGGCGGGGAAUCUCGAGAGGUUCCUCAGUUCCACCACGCCGUCCGUGCCCGUGCAGUACUUGCCCAAGACAAGCAUGAGGGGUUGGAGGAUUGGUGAUACUACUAAUUCACCACCAUAUUUCUGCCUUGCUGAUCUCUGGGAGGCUUUCAAGGAGUGGAGCUUUUACGGGGCUGGAGUCCCCCUUGUGUUAAAUGGCAGCGACUCUGUGAUUCAGUAUUAUGCGCCAUACCUUUCUGCCAUACAGCUGUAUGCAGACCCUUCAAAACUUUCAGCGAGGAUCAGGCAUCCUUGGGAGGAAAGUGACGGGGAAUCUAUGGAUACUAGCAGCGAAGGCAGCAGUGAAACUGAUGUUGACCGGUUAAGAGGUUCUCUGGAAGCAACAUGUCGAUUGGAGGGUGGUUUCCAAAGGGAUGAUGCUGAAAUGCACUCACCGUCCACUCGUCCAAUAUUUGAGUAUCUCGAGACGGAUCCACCAUUUGGUAGAGAGCCUUUAACAGAUAAGGUAUCAAUUCUUGCAAGUAAAUUUCCAGAUUUGAAGACACUCAGAAGUUGCGAUCUGCUGCCAACCAGCUGGAUGUCUGUUGCAUGGUACCCCAUAUACAGAAUCCCUACUGGACCAACACUCAAGGAUCUAGAUGCAUGUUUCUUGACAUUUCAUUACUUAUCGACACCUUCCAAGGAUACUGAUCCCAGGACACCAGCAUGCCCCAGUUUCGGAGGGCUUAACCACUGUAUGAAUGCAGCUGGUAAGCUAACAUUGCCAGUCUUUGGACUGGCAUCCUACAAACUGCGCAGCUCUGUUUGGUUGUCGAAUAGGCCUGAGGAGCAGCAGCUUGCAGCCUCCCUCAUGCAGGCGGCAGAUGACUGGCUUCGCCACCGCCAAGUGUACCAUCCAGACUUCCGGUUCUUUCUCACCCACUACAACACAGCAUUGAGAUGACAAGAGAUGCCUUGCCUCACGCUGUAAAUUGUUUUUAGUAUUUUCUGUUGUUGGCUGAGCCGGGCUACCUGUAACACUAUGUUGUAACGUAGCGCUUACAUCUCUGAACUUUUUUUUGAUAUGGUUCAGUAGUUCAACGCCAGAAGCUAAUUUGUAAUGUCUCCAAUAAUUCUUUUGCUGUAGGUAAACUUUUGAAUGGAGUAAACAACAUAAUGGAGACUUGUAAAACAGAAACUGAUGGUUAUAAAAUUUGAAUUUAUAGAAUUGUAGCUUA